AUGAAUAAUUAUAAUUCAAGAGAUCCACCCAGCAAAAUUUUGCUUCUAGUAAUAACUUAAUUAUCUCCCACUUUUCCUUUGUGUAAUGAUCUGUUAUUUGAACAAUUUGGAAAAUAUGGUGAGGUAAAAAAGAUUCUAAUUUUUGAGAGAGGGAAAGCAAAUAAGGCAUUUGUAGAAUACUAUGAUAUAAAAAAUGCGAUAGAGGCAAGAAAAGAUAAGAUUGGUAAAUAUUUGGCAGAAGGAGAAGGAAAGUAUUUAUUUAGAAAUAAUUUAGAUUAACAAUACAUUUUUCACGUCUAAAAAAUUUAGAUUUAGAAGUAGUUGAUAAAUCUCGAGGAACUGAUUAUACAUAAACAAGUAGCACUUCUUCUGAUGUUAUGAAACAUUCAAAUAGUGAUGAUCCAAAUAUAUUGAGAUAAUAAUUAGAUUAAUUUACUCGAACAUUUACAUAAACUCCAUAAAGGAAUGAUGAGAUAAAUAAUUUACUAAAUUCAGAUUCUGAAGAUGAAUAAAAGGAUAUCAUAUAUUAAAAAACAACUUUUAUGCCAUAAAUUUCUUUAGAUGUUUAGAAUAUGAUUACUUAAAAAGCAUCUAAAAUAAUAACAAUACAACCUAUUGACGAAAGAGUAACUGCAAAGAUGUUGUAUAAUAUUUUUAAUAAAUUUGGCAAUAUUGAAGAACUCCUAUAUGAAAAACAAUUAAGGAGAGUGUUUAUUAGAUACUAAAUAAUAGAGUUUGCCUAAAUAGCUAAAGAAUACUUAAAUAAUUUAAGUUUCUUUGAUUAAUAAGUAACGAAUGUAUUUAUAUAAGUGGCGUAUAUCAUAUAUUCCUUUAUAAUAGUUACAACCAAUGACUAUUCAAGAUGAAUAUAUGAUAUAUUAUAAUCCAAAUGGACCAAAAAUAAUUGCACCACUCUCUAAAAUAAUUAUAAUGAGUGGAGUUUUAGAACCAAUGGAAAUAUCUGAAAUGAUUAGAUUGGUUGUAAAGGUAACUGGUAAUUGUUAAUAAUAAAUAUAGAAAUAAAAAUAAUUACAUCUGAUAGUUUAGAGAUUAGUAUGUUAAAUAUCUCUGAAACUUUAAAGAUGAUAGCUGUCUUCUCUGAUUAUGAAUUCAAAAAUCAAAAACUAGUUAUUUCAAUGAAAUGAAUCUAGUUUAUAGCAUAGUG